GUACGUGACGUCACACAACAACCUUAUCAAGCGUGGCGGGGCGGAGCAGUGCGGGCAGCUUGGCGGGAAGUAUAGAAGUGGAAAAGGAGGACAUAAGAAGCGUUACAGGUCAAAAGAAGAAGCCUGCCCAGGGAUAUAUUUCAACAACAACAGCCACAAGUGACCUGUGUACUGCCGGGGCUUCAGGCCGCGCUGCCGUGGCCUGACCUGCCCCCAACACAGAGGAACACCUGCAGCCCACCGGAUUGAGCCUCGCAGUACUCGCCAUGAGUUUCCCUCAGAAGUACCCUGGAAUUGGAGGUUGCAGUUAAUUACACCGCUCACUCCGGGGCCUGGGAUUCUAGUGAAGGCUACAAACAGAUGUUCUACUGUCGGAGAUCUGGUGUGGAGCGGUCAACUGAGAUUACCAAGAACAAGCGUGCUGGAAAGAGCCAAGGUACCACAUAUUUCGGCGAGAUACUUGCACAUAUUUAAACCGUUUUCAUUAUGUCCUGAUUAUACAGGCAAUAGUGAUGUAUCAGAUAUCCACCUCCGCCUCCGUUGAGCCUCCACAAUGAAAAUAUCUGCAUUACAAUCCACAUCUGCAUUUUCAGACAUCAAAAGCUCCACAUCAUUAUCCGCCUCCACAUUUUCAGAUAAUAAAAGCUCCACAUAAUUUUCCACCUUCGCGUCAAAGAGCUGCGGGGGUCUACCCAUCCAAUGUGUGUUUGUUUUUAUUCAGUGGCUUUUAAAUAAUCUAUUUCAAACAGCCAAGUGUGAUACAACAGAUCCGCAAUUAUUCAUGGGAUUAACACUGCAAGAUGUUCUAAGUAGAUACUCAGUAAUUCCAGUAUAAAUUGAUAGUCUGAAACAGUAGCCUGCAAAAUGGCAUCACAUGUUGACUCACACCCAUGAUUGUCUUUGUUUCCUUUUCCCCUCGAGCCCUUAGUCUAUGAACAACCUCUGCUUGUGCCACAUGCAUGAUUAAAUUACCAUGGCUUCAGGAACUUUUACUAGUAGCGCCGUGUGGAAUUUUUUCUUGAAAGAAUCUAGUGACAAUGCUCAAUGUUUAUUGUGUAACCAAAUCUAUUCACGAAAAGGCCGUGGAACCACUAAUUUGAAAAACCAUCUAAAAUCUAAACACAAAGAACAGUAUGCUGAGAUGCUGGAAGAAGAAAAGAAAAGUGAAGAGAAAAAGGAUGCAGUAAAAACUCCUUUGCAGAAAGUUCAGUCUGAUUUUAGACAGAAGACAGUUGAGGAGUGUUUUACAAGUGUUGAACUGUGGGAUGCUUCUCAUACUAAGAGCAAAGAAGUAGACAGCUAUAUAUCAGAAAUGGUAGUGAUGGCUUCAGGAAGAACUUUUACUAGUAGCGCUGUGUGGAAUUUUUUCUUGAAAGAAUCUAGUGACAACGCUCAGUGUCUGCUGUGUGACCAAAUCUAUUCACGAAAAGGCCGUGGAACCACUAGUUUGAAAAACCAUUUAAAAUCUAAACACAAAGAGCAGUAUGCUGAGAUGCUGGAAGAAGAAAAGAAAAGUGAAGAGAAAAAGGAUGCAGUAAAAACUCCUUUGCAGAAAGUUCAGUCUGAUUUUAGACAGAAGACAGUUGAGGAGUGUUUUACAAGUGUUGAACUGUGGGAUGCUUCUCAUACUAAGAGCAAAGAAGUAGACAGAUUUAUAUCAGAAAUGGUAGUGAUGGAUGGUCUCCCAUUCAGCCAUGUGGAAGACAUGGGAUUUAUGAGGUUUAUGUCCAAGACUGUCCCCCAGUACAGACUGAAACAACGGAACUUCUACUCCACAAUGAUUUGCACGGACAUUUAUGAUGCUGUGUGCGGUCAAGUGAAGACAAUGCUUAGUGAUAUUACAGAUACUAUGGGUAACAGUGUUUCAUUCACUACAGAUGUGUGGUCAGACUCCUGGGCUGGUGUUUCACUUUUGAGCCUUACUGCACAUGCCAUCAAUCGUGAUUUCCAAAGAGUAAAAUUUGUGUUAAAGGUACAGCCAUUAGAAGAAAGACACACUGGUGACUAUAUUUCCAGAAAAUUUAAUGAAAUGUUGGAUAAGUGGGAAAUUUCUCACAGCAGUGUGCAUUGUGUAGUACAUGACUCGGGAACAAACAUGAAAAAAGCUCUUUUUCUAUCAGGUUUAAAUAACUUGGAUUGUGCAGUGCAUGAAAUACAGUUAGUUGUUAGGCAAGGUUUUCAAUCACAGAAACCAGUAUGUGACAUAAUUGAAAAGUGUAGGAGACUUGCCACACAUUUUCACCACUCAACCAUGGCACAGGAUGAACUGAAGAAAAUUCAGGAACAGCUACAGUUACCCCAUCUAAAAGUUCUCCAUGAUUCACCUACACAGUGGAACAGAACUCUACAUAUGCUCAAAAGAACUGAAGAAAUUAAAGAACCUCUUUGUGUGUAUGUGGCAAAAAACCCUUCAAUGCCACAGUUCAGCAAUGUUGAAUGGGUUACACUGUCACAAUGUAUAAAAGCUUUAGAGCCAUUUGAGGAACUUACCAAAAAAAUGAGCGAGUCUGCAUCAACUGUAGCUGAUGUAAUACCCCUCAUUUUAUGUCUCAAGAAUGCCCUUCAGCCAACCACUGUUGAAUCUGCACCACUAGAUUUAGACUCAGAUGAUGAAAAUCAAGACGAUUACCAGAAAGGUGUGGAAAUCAUUGACUAUAUGAAAGAAACAAUGAAGGCAGAUAUUGCUAAGAGAUUUGCAGGACUAGAAAUAGACAACAACUACAGAGUGGCGACUUAUCUUGACCCUCGGUAUAAAGGAAAGUUUUUUUCUUCUUUGCAUGUUACAAAGCAGGUGCAAGGAACAGUAGCUCGCCUUUGUGAUGAGUUUGCAAGUGUUAGUGUGGGUGGGGAUGAUGAACCAAGAAAAAAGAGAAAACGAAGUGAUGAACCCAAUGCCGGCUCUUCAAAAGGCGCAGGCAGUUCUUUAAAAAGUGCAAUGGCAUUGAUCAUAGCAUCCAGUAGUGAUGAAGAGCCAGAAGAGAGAACAAAGACAAACACAAUGGACAUGGUUCAUAAAUACCACAAGGAAAAAAGGCUGGGGGCAGAUGAAGAUCCAUUGAAAUGGUGGAAAGCAAAGAUCACCGAAUACCCCGAAUUAGGAAAACUUGCCAAACAGUAUCUGAGUUGCCCUACAAGCAGUGUUACUAGCGAACAAUUAUUUAGUGAUGCUGGCAAUAUAUAUGAUGAAAAGACGAACCAUUUGCAGGGAGAGAAAGCAGAGAAACUUUUAUUUUUGAAGAAAAACUUGCCACUUCUAAAGUUUGAAUAUUAAAUGUGGCUGCUUGUGGCCUUACAACAGUAGCCCAUAACAGUAAUUAGUUAAAGUUUUCUGCUUUCCAAGAGUGGAGGUUGGGAAAAGUGGUUGGUGGGAUGGUGCAUAACGAGGCCCGCAUCCUGGUAACACACUUACGUGAAUAUGUGCACACUUACAUGCAUAAAUGUUAGUGUGGUGGAAACUUGUCACUUUAUAUUUUGCAUCUGCAUCCGCAACCGCGGGCAUGGUAAAAAUAGUCCACAGUUGCAUCUGCAUCCACAAAAAUUUACAUCUUAACCACCGCAGUUUUAUCAGCAACCGCAUUUUAUGAAAAACAGAUGUCUGGCUCCACCUCAGCCUCCGAGGAAGUCUAAAAUUUGGUAUCCGAUACAUCACUAAUAGGUGCCUAUACCAUUUACUUGUGUAAUGCAAGUUAGGGAGAAUGGUGCUGGAUAGGGAGAUGGUUAUACUUAACAGCAUUUCUAUAAAUGUAUUUAAAAGGAGACUGGAUGAUCACAUGGAGGAAAAGGGAAUGUAAAUAGGUACAGAAUUUCUCACAAAGCACUUGGUUUGUGGCCACACACUCGGAUACCUCUUCCCAGUGUGUAGUAGCUUUGUGUUUGAAUGGAGUACUGGAAUAUAAAUUUAUAAUACAACACUUAUUGGUACUGCGGUGUCUACUGGAUAUAAUUUUUACCCUAGUGCUGUAGUGUAUAGAUCAAAGGUGGAUUCACGUGUGUUUAUUGGACACUAGAUUGAGGAAACUGAUGUUUUGCAUCUUUCACAAUGAUAGGACUGGAUGUAUGUAUAACCUAUAAACCUGACGUUACUUGACCAUAUGUAUGACUUGUAGUAAACUUUUUUGUUGACAAGAAAUAUGAUUCAUAUAGAACAAUUAAAUUAUAUUGUUUAUGUUUCACAUGUACAGUGUCUAUGUAGAGUGAAACUUGUGUAAGUAACCAAAAGAGGUUUAAUCCCUUCACUACCGCUUACAUCCUUUUCAUUUUUUCCUGGCCUUAUUUAUUAAAUGAUUAUAAGUACUUUAGCAGACACCUAAAGCAAUUACUAUGGACAACAAUGUAUUUAGUUUGGCAAUGUCGAUUGUAAACUUGUUAACAGCUAUCCAGUUAUAUUACCAAGUUUGUAAUUAAAUAUUUAUGUGUCAAAUUCCUAAUGCUAUACCUGGUGAUAAAGUUGUUCAAGCAAAAAAUGAUUACCUAUGGUAUCAAAGGCUUUAAAAAGAUUUUUAAAAAGUAUACCAAUUGUUAAGUUUCUUGCUGCCAAAAGAACUUAGUAGCUAUGUAUAUAGUUUUUGUAGUUAAUGUAGAUUAGGUAGAGAGACCUUUCAUAAAUUUAUACUGAGCCUCCGUCAUGAUGUUAUAAGAGGUACAAAACAUGAUUUCCAAUAUUUUACUCAGCUGGUAACACUGAUGCUGGGCAAUGAUUUUUAAUAAGUUUAGCAUUUCUUGAUUUGUGAAUAGGCAUGACCUUGGAGUCUUUGAUGAGUAUAGAUGAUGGUCAGUGUCACAAGAGGCACUGAAUACUGGAGAGAACUGUGAUACAAACAAUGAGUUUGAUGUAAGCUAAUGAAUAUUAAAUACAAUAAUGA